AUGGAGAUUAUAGUCAAUGUGAUUGACCAGAACGACAACAAACCUUAUUUUACGACAGGGUACAUAGGAAAUCUUGUUGAGGCCACGGCCAUCGGGACUGAGGUGGUUAGGGUUGAGGCCAAAGAUGACGAUGAGCCAAAUAGUGACAACUCAGAUCUCCGCUAUCGUAUUGUGAAUCAGGACCCACCACUGCCCACUGACAACAUGUUUGAAAUCAACACAGUUACUGGAAGCAUCCGAAUCACUGGUAGAGGACUGGAUAGAGAGGUAAAAAGAGAGGUUGUUCUUCAUAAAGGACACCGGAACUUCUUCAUCCACUCCUGGGACUCUCAAGGUAACAAAAUGACAGUUCCAGUCAGUGUCGUUCACCCUGAGCAUCACCAUAGACAUCACCGUGGAAAGCACCACCAUGGAGCCCACACAAACUUCAACAUUCAGCAUCACAGUACUGAAGUGGACUCUAUUAACCACACAGAGGAUACCACUGAUCCACAAGUGCCCGUUCUGCAAUUUCCCAAGUCUGGUGGAGGGCUGAGGAGGAGGAAAAGGGACUGGGCUAUUCCUCCACUCAAUGUUCCUGAGAAUCUGAGAGGAAAAUAUCCCCUGAAAGUAGCUCAGAUCCGCUCUAAUGAAGAUAAAACAAGGAAGCUCUUUUACAGCAUCACUGGUCCAGGAGCUAAUCUGCCUCCUGUUGGUCGUUUCAAAAUGGACAGAGAGACUGGAAAUCUGUAUGUAACACAACCACUCGACAGAGAGGAAACAGCCGAAUAUAUAUUUGAAGCACAUGCUGUGGCUGAUGGAGCAGGAAAAGCUGAGGCUCCCAUGGAGAUUAUAGUACGUGUGAUUGACCAGAACGACAACAAACCUUAUUUUACGACAGACUACAAAGCAAAUGUUGCUGAGGCCACGGCCAUUGGGACUGAGGUGGUUAGGGUUGAGGCCAAAGAUGACGAUGAGCCAAAUAGUGACAACUCAGAUCUCCGCUAUCGUAUUAUGAACCAGGACCCACCACUGCCCACUGGCAACAUGUUUGAAAUCAACCCAGUUACUGGAAGCAUCAGAGUCACUGGUAAAGGACUAGACAGAGAGAAAUAUCCACAGUACACUCUGACAGUACAAGCAGCAGAUCUGGCGGGAGAAGGGUUAUCCGGACAAACAAAAGUCAUCCUCACGGUGACAGACAGCAAUGACAACACUCCAGUCUUCACUCAGAAAUCUUAUAGUGCGACAGUUGAUGAAAACAAAAAGGAUGUUGAGGUGGUAAAGAUGAUAGUAACAGACGAAGAUAAACCACAAACUCCAGCCUGGAACGCCAUCUUCAAGAUCAUCAGUGGUGAUCCUGAUGGACUUUUCACAGUAAAAACAAGAACUAACAAACAAGAAGGAAUCCUUUCUACUGCAAAGGAGCUGGACUUUGAGACGGCCAGCAAGCACACUCUGUUGGUUUCAGUGGAGAAUGAGAUUCCCUUUGCUCCUGGUGUUUCUGUGGUCACUUCUACUGCCACAGUGGUGGUGGAUGUAAAGGAUGUGAAUGAAGCUCCAGUCUUUGAUCCAAAGGAGAAGCUUGUGGUAAAACCAGAGGACCUUGCUGUGGAUGAAGUUGUGGUCCAGUACACCGCUUCAGACCCAGACACUGCACGCAAGCAGAAAGUCGCGUACAAAAUAAUUAAUGACCCUGCAGGCUGGCUGAAUGUGGACAAGGACACAGGCCUUAUUAAAGUGAGAAGAUUCAUGGACAGAGAAGCUCCUUUUGUCACAAACAAUAGAUACAUCGCAAACAUUGGUGCAUAUGAUGAUGAUGCAGUCCCAGCUACAGGAACUGGUACUCUGAUCAUUCUGCUGGAAGACGUCAAUGACAAUGCUCCAUUUAUUGAAGAGCGUGAAAUCACGGUGUGCAACAAGGAGCCAGCUCCUCAGCUGCUGUCAGUAACAGAUAAAGACGGACCAGAAUUUGGACCUCCGUACUCAGUGUCUUUACAGGGCACGUCAAAGACCAACUGGACCGCUAGGAUGAACGACUCCAGAACAGGGGUAAUCUUAAAUUUAGCCACUGAGCUGCCCAGUGGAGAUUACAGUAUUAUACUAAGACUGGCAGACAAACAUGGCUUGGAGCAGGACAGCAUCAUCAAAGCUGAAGUUUGCCACUGCAAGGGCAAGGGAGCAGAGGCGACAUGCUUAGGCCGUGGUAUAGGUGGCAGCAACCUGCCCCUUAUCCUCGGAAUACUUGGAGCCAUCCUGCUGCUCGCGCUGGUGCUGCUAAUGCUGCGGUUUGCUAAACAGAGGAAAAAGGACAAAAACAAGCCACUCCUGCUAGAUGAUGGUGUCAGGGACAACAUCUAUUACUAUGAUGAAGAAGGAGGUGGAGAGGAUGAUCAGAACCUGAAGGCUGCAGACAAUGACCCAACAGCACCCCCUUAUGACUCCCAGAUGGUAUUUGACUACGAGGGAGGUGGUUCUGAUGCAGGAAGUCUCUCCUCUUUGAACUCUUCAAGCAGUGGAGACCAGAACUAUGACUGCCUCAGUGAGUGGGGCCCUCGCUUCAAGAAACUGGCCAACAUGUACGGAGGAGGAGAAGAUGAUGAUAUGCUGUAA